AUGGCUCUGCCGGCUGUCACCUCGCGGCGACCAGAACAGCGAGCGCUCCCCGACCGCACGAGGCAGCGGGGACACAGCGCGCCGGCCGCCUCGGGCUCCCGGGCCUCGGUUCCUAGUCCCAGGCCUCCGUUCCGGGGCCCCAGGGCUCUCAUCUUCGUCCUUUUGGGUGUCCUGCUGUCGAUUGCGGCUGCUUUAGCCAUGCCCAUAAGGCAGGAAAAAUUUCACCAGCAAUUAUCUGCCCCACAGGGAUGGAAACGCAGCCUCUCAGAGAAGUUGUGUCCACCAGGGUUCCAUAUGGAGGAAGCCAGCGGAGAUUGUACGCCGUGCAUGGAUAAGGUGGAUUACACCAAUUAUUCAAACACCCUCUCUUCUUGCUUACUCUGUAAGAUUUGCAAAUCAGGGGAAGAAGAGAAAAGUCCGUGUACCUCAACCAAGGACACUGAGUGUCAGUGCAAACCUGGCACUUUCCGUAGAGAAGAUGCACCUGAAUUCUGCUACAAGUGCAGCACCCGGUGCCCUGAUGGGAUGGUCGUGGCCACGCCCUGUAGCCCCUUCAGCGACCUCACAUGUGUGGACCAAAAAUCAGGCACUUCAGAGCUGGUGAUUGGAUUUGUAGCUGGAAUUAUACCUGUCUGUGUCCUGCUGCUGAUCGCAUAUGUUUUCUGGCGGUUCUUCAUUCAAGGUCGUGGUGUGGACCCUAAGUGCAUGGACAAAGUCCUCUUCUGGCGCUCACAUCCCUUAAGAGGUCCUGGGGCUCUGGACAAUGCCCACAACAAUAUGCUGAUCAACAGAGAUUCGCUGGUUGAUCUGGUCCCUGAGCAGGAGGCAGAAGAGCAGGUGAAGCCGACGGAUGUCACGGCCCAGUCCCAGGGGGAAGCAAAGCGUCUGCUGGAACCAGCAGAAGCGGAAGCGUCUCACACGAGAAGAAGGCUGCUGGUCCCAGCAAACGGUGCAGACCCCACUGAAAGCCUGAGGCUGUUCUUUGAUGACUUUGCAACCAUCGUGCCGUGUGACUCCUGGGAUUUGCUCAUGAGGAAGUUGGGCCUCACGCAAAAUGAGAUCCUUCUGGUCAGAGAAGGGGUCCGGGUCCCUCGGGAUGCCUUGUAUGAAAUGCUGGAUACUUGGGUCAGCAACAAGGGACGGGAGGCCUCAGUCAACACCCUGCUGGACGCCUUGGAAAAGCUGGGGCAAAGAUUGGCAAAGCAGAAAAUUCAGGACCACCUACUGGACUCGGGAAAGUAUGUCUAUGAAGAGAGCGAAGCAGGCUCUGCUGUGUCCUGA